AUGAAAAUGGCGGCUCUGUGUAGUGAAUUUGGGGACCUAGUACAAAUCAAGAAGCAGCUAAUAUCAGUUAUUUCCCUUUGUAAAGAAAGAGGACUUUUAAACAGCUCGAAGUGGGCUUCUGAGCUGGCAUUUGCUUUGGCUCCUCUUCCCAAAGAUGAGCUACCGCCAGCUGUUCCUGUCACAGAGGAAGAUGCACAAGACCUGGAUGCACUUACACUGGCCAAAUCCUAUUUUGACCUAAAGGAGUACGACCGUGCUGCGUAUUUUCUGAAAGGCUGCUGCAGUCAGAAGGCUUAUUUCCUCUACAUGUAUUCUCGCUAUCUGUCUGGUGAAAAAAAGAAGGAUGAUGAGACUGUGGACAGUCUGGGUCCUCUGGAAAAGGGUCAGGUGCGCAAUGAAGCUUUGCGAGAACUAAGGGUUGAGCUCAGUAAAAAGCACAUAGCAGGAGAGCUGGAUGGCUUCACUCUCUAUCUGUAUGGGGUGGUUCUACGAAAGCUUGAUCUGCUGAAGGAGGCAGUGGAAGUGUUUGUUAAGGCGAUUCACACACUUCCUCUUCACUGGGGAGCGUGGCUGGAGCUCAGUAACCUGGUCACCAAUAUUGAAAUGCUGAAGUUGCUGUCUCUGCCAGACUGCUGGAUAAAAGACUUCUUCAUGGCCCACAUGUUCACAGAGCUGCAGAUGAUCAAAGAAGCCUUGCAGAAAUACCAGAGCCUCAUCGAAGCUGGCUUUUCUAAGAGCACCUACAUCAUUUCACAGAUUGCUGUGGCUUACCACAACAUCAGAGAUAUUGACCAAGCAUUGGCUUUGUUCAACGAGCUGAGGGAACAGGAUCCCUAUCGCAUUGACAACAUGGACACGUUCUCUAACUUGCUAUAUGUCAAAAGUAUGAAACCAGAAUUGAGCUACCUGGCUCACAAUCUGGUAGAGAUCGACAAAUACAGAGUGGAGACGUGCUGUGUUAUUGGUAACUACUACAGUUUACGCUCUCAGCAUGAGAAGGCAGCUCUUUACUUCCAGCGAGCCCUCAAACUGAACCCUCGAUGUCUCGGUGCCUGGACCCUCAUGGGCCACGAGUACAUGGAAAUGAAGAACACUUCAGCUGCCAUCCAGGCAUACCGGCAUGCCAUUGAAGUGAACAAACGCGACUAUCGGGCUUGGUACGGCCUGGGUCAGACUUAUGAGAUCCUCAAGAUGCCCUUUUACUGUUUAUAUUAUUAUCGAAAGGCUCACCAGCUCAGACCGAAUGAUUCCCGCAUGCUGGUGGCGCUGGGUGAAAGCUACGAGAAACUGUCACAGCAGCUCGAAGCCAAAAAGUGUUACUGGAGAGCGUACUCUGUUGGAGAUGUAGAAAAAAUGGCUCUGCUCAAAUUAGCAAAGCUGCAUGAACAACUGAACGAGUCUGAUGAUGCUGCCCAGUGUUACAUGCUUUACAUUCAAGACAUUUUCUCCUGUGGGGAGCAACUGGAACACGCUGAGGUGAGCACGGCUCUGCGCUACCUGGGUCAGUAUUAUUUCAAGAACAAGCUCUAUGACGAAGCGUCACUUUGUGCUCAGCGCUGCUGCGACUACAACGAUGCUCGUGAGGAGGGGAAGGCUCUGCUGAGGCAGAUCUCACAGGUCAGAGAUCAGAUCGAGACACCAUCAGCAGAUCUGUUCGCUCCGCUUUCAAACAACAACACUCCAGCCAGGAGGGUGUCUCCUCUCAAUCUGAUGUCCUUCACUCCCUGAUAUUGACAGACUAUAAAAUGGACACGUUGUGGGUUCUGUGACACAAAACUGCUGGCGGCUCUUGGUAAAUGCUGCCAGAAGACAUUGCUGCGUGGAUUUAUAUGAAAAUAAAGUGCAUUUGUUUGUAAAAAAAAAAAAAAAAAAGUGCAUCAUGCUGAACUUUAUUUUUCUAAAUCUAGCUUGGAUAAUUCUCUGUCUGGUUACUUCCUGACGGUGGAAACAGCGUAUGACAGCCAUUUGAGAGGAGAAAAAUGGGGGAUAAAUUCCAAUAAAAUGUAAUGAGUUUUUAGUCAGAAUUUCUCAUUCUAAUUUGUGACAUAGUGACUGUUCAGUGGCAUGAUGAAAUUGGUUUAUGGUUGGAUUUAAGAAAGAAAUAACGCUUAUUUUCAGCCCAGAAUCAGCAUCUGUAUUUCAAAGCAACGGUACAGGAAUGAUUUAUUCACAUUUCAAACCACUUAACCUUGAUGUACGGGACCCUGCUGUAGCAAAGGGAUGGGGCGACUUGCUUACCGUACGAAGAAUAACAUCCUGAGCCCCCCCCUCCCUCAAGUUUGAGUUUAUAAAAUCAGCAUUUUAAACCGUGCAUUAGGGUUCCCAAUCUUUCCCUGAAAUUCUUUUCCAGGACAUUUUAAUUAAAGCUGCUCCUCUUCCCUGUGGUCUCUG